GGUUCUCUCAUGAAGCUAGAAAGAGGGCGGAACUACGUUUCUGUAGUGAAGGGGAGGAGGGGAAUCGGUGUAGCGACACUCAAGGCCUAAUUUACGGCGACGCCUCCGCCACGGCCUCAGGGCAGGGAGAAAAAAUGGCGGCGGCAUCUGAAGAGCGGCCGCCGCCGCAGCCGCCGUUUGUGGCUGGACCUGCUGCUCCUUCCACGGUGGGCAUCGCCUCCUCACAGGGGUCGACCGGAGGCCCCGGGCCCAACCCGCUCUCGCGCAAGCUCCGCAAAGUGCUGGAGACACGGUUGGAGGCGGACAAGGAAAUGUUAGAAGCUCUCAAGGCUCUUUCAGCCUUUUUUCUAGAAAACAGCUUGCGUACCAGAAGAAAUUUACGUGGAGAUAUUGAACAUCGCAGCUUAGCUAUAAAUGAAGAAUUUGUUUACAUUUUCAAGCAAGUGAAAGAGGAACUUGAAAGCAUAAAUGAAGAUGUGAAGUUUAUGAGUAACUGCUGCCAAGACAUGACCAAUCAUUUGAAGGCAACCAAGGAGCAAACCCAGGAUUUAAUAGUAAAGACAACUAAGCUUCAAGCAGAGAACCAGAUGUUAGAACAGAAAGCACAAAUAGCAGAUGCUUUCAUAGCAGAAUUCCAGCUUUCUCCAGAGGAGAUGAGCAUCCUUCGAGGCACAAGAGAUGGGCCUGUUACAGAGAACUUUUUUAAAGUAUUAGGAAGAGUAAAGCAAAUUCACAAUGAUGUUAAGAUUCUUCUGCGGACAAACCAACAGAGAUCAGGCCUAGAAAUUAUGGAACAGAUGGCUUUGCUUCAAGAGACGUCUUACGAACAGCUUUACCGAUGGGCCCAAGGUGAAUGCAGGUCUUUAACCCAAGAAUCCUGUGACAUUUCUCCAGUUCUAGCUCAAGCAAUGGAAGCUUUGCAAGACAGGCCUGUUCUCUAUAAAUACACCCUUGACGAGUUUGGAACAGCCAGAAGAAGUGCCGUGGUCCGGGGUUUUAUUGAUGCUCUUACUAGAGGAGGACCAGGAGGAACUCCCCGGCCUAUUGAAAUGCAUUCCCAUGAUCCUUUGAGAUAUGUAGGAGACAUGUUGGCAUGGCUGCAUCAAGCUACUGCUUCUGAAAAAGAGCAUCUGGAAGCCCUGCUAAAACGUAUAACUACUGAAGGAGUGGAAGAAAAUAUGCAAGAAGUGAUUGGACACAUCACAGAAGGUGUUUGCCGGCCUCUUAAGGUCAGAAUCGAACAGGUGAUUGUGGCUGAACCAGGAGCAGUCCUGCUGUACAAAAUUUCUAACCUUCUGAAGUUCUACCACCACACCAUCAGUAAUAUUGUGGGAAACAGUACAGCCAUGCUGUUAACGACAAUGGAAGAGAUGCAUCUUUUGAGUAAAAAGAUAUUCUUCAACAGUUUGAGCCUUCAUGCCAGUAAACUGAUGGAUAAGGUUGAACUGCCACCUGCAGAUCUUGGCCCAAGCUCUGCACUGAAUCAGACACUUGCUCUACUGCGUGAGGUUCUGGCAUCACAUGACUCUUGCGUCAUUCCUUUGGAUACCCGGCAAGAUGACUUUGUACAGAUUCUGUCUUGUGUGCUGGACCCACUGCUGCAGACGUGUACUGUGUCUGCCAGUAACUUAGGGUCUGUUGACAUGGCAACCUUCAUGGUGAAUUCACUUCAUAUGAUGAAGACAGCACUGGCGCUGUUUGAAUUCACAGAUAAACGACUAGAAAUGUUACAGUACCAGAUUGAAGCACAUUUGGAUACUCUUAUAAAUGAACAAGCUUCCUAUGUAUUAAUGAGAGUGGGCCUAAGUUACAUGUAUAACAUCGUACAACAACACAAACCAGAGCAGGGUCUCUUGGCAAAUGUACCCAGUAUGGAUUCUAUGUCAUUAAAAGCUGCAAUGGUCCAGUUUGACCGUUAUUUGUCUGCUCCUGAUGGUCUGUUAAUGCCACAAAUAAACUUUCUUCUAAGCACUACCGUUAAACAGCAGAUAGUAAAACUGUCCACAGAACUAGUCUGCAGAGCCUACAAUGAAGUAUAUUCAGCUGUGAUGAAUCCAGACAAUGGAUAUAAAGAUCCAGAAACAAUAUUGCAUAGAUCUCCUCAUCAAGUUCAAGCACUUCUCUCCUAAUCUUAUCAUCCAAAAAAUUCCUUUAGAUUUUCUCACUGUUUAAGGACAGAAUAUUUUCCUGCAAGUACAAGAUAGGUAGUGACAGUGUUUUUGAAAUUGGCUGCCAAUGGGGUCAUGGGCUACAACUGUGCACAAAGUUUAUCUGAUGAGAUCCCAUUGACUUCAGUGGGGUUUAAGCUGCCUUAUGGGCAGGAUUGUAGCCAUACUGGUAGACAGAGACAAGAACAAUCUUUAGAUCUAAAAUUAUUUUCAUGUUGCUAUAAACCUCAAAAAUCUUUCUUUGGUUUCUUUAGGAAAGAAAACCCCUGCUUUGUCUCACCAUUUUUCCUCUUGACAAUUUGGGGGAAGAAAUAUCAGCCUUGUGAACAAAGCAGACAAUAUAGUUUGAUUAAACGGUGAAUGUGUGGAUGUUUUGAUGCAUUGCUUUUUGCCAUUGGUACUCAAAGCAAAAAUAAAAACCUAAAUUUGACUCUGAAAA